UUUGCAUUUAUUUUCUUAUAAUUUGGUGAUAAAUAAAUUUUAGUUGUAUUGGUUGCACUGCAAUCAAAACUAUUUCCCCUAGAAUGUAACUAUCGGUACAUACAUACUGCAUGCGAUUGCGUGCUCGAUUUCUAAAAUGUCGAUUCCAUUCAACGGGACUCGUACGCGGUCAGCUGGAUUAAUAAGCGCAAUUGCAAAGCACUUGAGAAAUUUAACCUUAAAACCAGUUAAAUCAAUCGACAUAAAGUUUGAUCCAUUUCAUAGUAAGGCCUUGGAAGCAAGAAACUUUUUAUUUCAAAUUACAACUCCAAAGAUUAUUGCAACAAAUCCACGUUGCAAUGUAAAACCGCAUAUUGUCUCUGAUUUAUCUGAACCCACUAUUACAUUUAAUUUAUUAUGCAAAGCUGAAAAUUUGACAACUUUAAACAUUUUGGAACUUUACAAUAAACAUAUAACACCUUUGUCACCACGUGAUUCUGAAGCUGAACCUGAAGACGAAAAGAAAAAACGGAAAAAGAAGAGGCCAUUUAAAAUUAAACCAGGAAAUAAACGUAGAGGACUAUUCUUAUAA